AUGCAAUCAUCUGCUGCAUCAGUAACUAACUUGAGUCGGUCGAAUUCAAAGAUUACAUAUCGUGCAGGUUCUCCAUCUAUUUUAGCACCUAGCUCUGUUCAAGCACCAGCUAGUAAUGAUCCACCAGAAACUACAGUUCGUGAAUACCGAGCUUAUUGGUUAUAUGGUGCUGGACUUGCUGCUUCGGGUGGCAUUGGACGACUUGUAGGAUUAUUUCUUAUUGAUGACCUUGUGAAAGGUGCCGGAGUGUAUGAGCAAACAAGUCUACCAUGUUCUGGCCCAUCUCCAGUAAAUGGAACUACUCCAAACUGCGUUCUUCCAAUUGGUGGUUCGUAUAUCAAUACAGUCAGUUAUCUCGGAUUUGUUGCUACUGUCGCCGUUAUUAUCCAAAUUUUCGUUUUGUUGGGAUUGUCUGCUUUCGGUGACUAUGGAUUUUAUCGGCGUAGUUUGUUGAUUAUCACAGGUGUUGUUGGUGCUGGCGCUAGUAUUAUCAUUCCUUUGGCUUAUACUCCAAGUCUAUAUUGGCUUGCUGGACUAUUGCUAAUCAUUAGCACGUCGUUCCAGGGAUUCUCGACUGUUUUUUUGGAAGCCUAUUUUCCUUUGCUUGUUCGUUGCGAUCCUCUUGUCAAGUUUCAUCAAAUUCCUGCAAAAUCUAAUGGAAAUCCGUCUGAUACUUCCACUCGUACUAAAAAUAGUCAGGAGCGUCAAAUCAAUGAUUUUGGACAAGUUAUCGAAAGUGUUGUUCUCAAAACAAUGCCUUACCACGAACGUGCUAAUUGGGUGCAGAUGUACAACAACGUCUAUGGGUUUGCAACCUCGUUCAUUUUCCUUUCUGUAGGUGGUGGUCUCAUUAGUGUUGUUGGAAAUGGAAUUGGAAUCAAAGAAGGUGUUAUUUGUGCUACUGGCGUGUUUUGGCUCAUUGUUGGAGUUAUUGCAAUAAGGUAUCUCAAUGCUCGUCCUGGACCCAAACUUUCUCACGGCACUUCCCGUGUCAUAUUUUUUUCAUGGAAAAAAGCCUUGCAAUCGUUCAAAAAUCGAAAGGAAAUCAAACACACCUUCCGUUUCCUCGCUUCCUACUUUUUCUUUGGUGGUGGUAUGAACACCCUCGGCGUCGUCAGUGCUUUGUAUUUGCGGGAUAUUCUUCAACUUAGCGACUUUCAUACUCUGACUAUUGGAAAUCUAAUUCCCGUGUUUUCCAUUUUGGGAUCUCUGGCUUGCGUGCAAAUCCAAAACAAAUCGCAUAUUUCUACACAUAUUAUGCUCCUUGUUAGCGUAUCCAUGUUUGCAUUGAUUCCAGUUUAUGCUUUGAUUGGAGCAUUCACACAUACGUUUGGUUUGGUUCACGCUUACGAAGCAUACAUUCUAAGUGCCUGGGGUGGAUUCUUCUAUGGUUCAUCUGUUGCAUUUACCAAAGUCAUGUAUUCUGAAUUGAUUCCUGCUGGACAAGAGUGUGAAUUCUUUGGCUUUUACGUUCUUACUGACCGUGUUUCAACAUGGCUUUCCUCGGUUAUUAUUGGAUUCAUUGCACAAGGAACCAGUGCACGGUAUGGCAUGAUUUGGUUGAUUGUGUUUUUCCUUGUAUCGUUGCCUUUAUUAUGGAUGGUAGAUCUCGAUCAAGGACGCCAUGAUGCCAAAAUUCUUUCCAGCGGUUCUGAACAAGAAGUGGUCAUUAUGCAAGAUUUUGUUCCACAAGGUGCCGAGUAUGAUAGAGAGUUCCCUGAACAAGAGGAUAAAAAUGAUUUUCCCAUGAAAGUGGAUCCUUAUCCUUCAAACAGUCAACCCAGUCGUGCCAACAGUCCAUCUCCAUAUGCUGCAUCAACUCGUUCACGCACUCCUCAGCCCCAUGAUUCUCCAAACGCCAAUACUUCUUAUGCUAAAGAGAAUUCAUCUUCACGGGAUACUCUUUAUACUAGUCAUCCAAAUAUGAGCGAUCAACCACCAUAUCCUACCAUGCCGACAUCUAUUGCCACAUCCACAGCAUUUCGUCCACCUCCAUCCAACUAUGGAACAGCAGGUGGAUCAAUACGUUCAGAUACAUUGAGUACAACUGCAGCAAAAGGCACACUGCCUUAUGCUCAAUCUCAAGUGCCAGCGAUUCAAAUGCCGCCAUCAGUUCAUGCUUCUUCUCUUGACCUGUCAGAGUUUCCUUACAUGGAAAAUAGACCUUCAUCUCGUCCUGUCAACUCCUAG